AACAAAAACACACCAUAUAUACUUAUCAUCACUUGAUCAACAAAAAAAGAUGAAUUCAGAAACUCUUAAAAUGUUUAAUUUAUUUCAAUCUUUAUUACAAAACCCCAAGUUUAACAAUGUUCUCCCAUUAUUCAUUCCUUUAUUGCUAGUGGUGCUAUUUUUGGAAAAAAGUUUUUCUAGCAAUGGAAAAAAAACACCACCAUCUCCACCAAAACUACCAAUAAUAGGGAACCUUCACCAACUUGGUGCUUUAACACAUCGAUCACUUCUAGAAUUGUCUAACCGAUAUGGAAAACUUAUGUUGCUCCAUUUCGGCUACCAACCAACCCUAAUCGUAUCAUCAGCAGAUUUAGCUCAAGAAGUCCUUAAAAGUAAUGACAUUAUUGUCUCUAAUAGGCCAAGUUCUAGCAUUGCCAAGACAUUUUUCUAUAAUGCUACGGAUAUGUCUUUUUCUCCUUAUGGGGAUUAUUGGAGGCAAAUUAGAAGUAUUUGUGUGUCUAAACUUUUGAGUACUAAGAAAGUUCAAUCUUUACGGGUUAUAAGAGAAGAGGAGACUUCUUUAAUUGUUGAAAAAAUUAAGAAAUCUAAUGGUUCAGUAUUUAAUUUGAGGGAGAUUAUUAUGAGUUUUACGAAUGAUUUGAUUUGUAGGGCAUCUUUUGGUAAGAAGUAUAUUGAAAAUAAUGAGGGGGGUGGUAAUUUUAAGAAGCUAUUGAAUGAUGCUAUGAAGUUGCUUGGGAAUAAUAGCUUUAAAGAUAUUAGCCCUUGGCUUGGUUGGAUGGAUCGACUUAAGGGUUUAGAUUGUGAAGUUGAUAGAGUUUCUAAAGGAUUGGAUCAUAUUCUUGAAAAUGUUGUGCAAGAAAAUCAAAUUAAAAUGAAUAAUGAACAAAAUAACAUAAUUCAUACUACACAAGACCAUUACAAUGGGAUGAACUUUGUGGAGAUUUUGCUACAAGCUCAAAAGGACAACAAAGUUGCACUUCAACCUCAUAGCAUCAAAGCUGUUAUAAUGGAUAUGUUUAUUGGUGGGACGGAUACAAUAUAUACACUUAUAGAAUGGGCAAUGAUUGAAAUAAUUAGACAUCCCAUAGUUAUGAAAGAAUUAAAGGAAGAGCUUAAAAAAAUUGUUGGAGGAAAGGGCACAAAGCUAAGCGAAGAUGAUUUGGAGAAAUUAACGUAUUUAAAAGCCGUGGUGAAGGAAACACUUAGACUACAUCCUCCAUUUCCUAUGAUUUUUCGAAAGUUUUCAAAGGAUGUCAAUAUAAAUGGUUAUGACAUAAAUGCGGGAACACAUGCAAUCAUAAAUUUAUUGGCAAUUCAAAGAGAUCAAGUUUUCUGGAAAGAACCAGAAGAAUUUAUUCCAGAGAGAUUUCUAGACAACUCAUAUGAUUUUAACGGUCAAAAUUUUAAUUAUAUUCCGUUUGGAGCGGGAAGAAAAAUAUGUCCAGCUAUAGGAUUUGGUGUAAUCAAAGCCGAGUUUGCAAUUGCUACUCUUAUACAUGAGUUUGAUUGGGAGACACCCAAUGGGAGUGCGAUUGAUAUUACUGAAAUAAAAGGUCUGGCUGCACAAACAAGAGAUCCUCCUAUGCUUAUUGCAACUCCGGUUGUAAGCAAUUAAGAAAUUGUUAAACUUAAUACGAAUUCAUUUCGUUUUCCUAAUUAUUCCACUUUGAUGUAAAAUAAAUAGAUGAUUAUGUGUAUUUAAUAUUGUUGACUAAUUAUUCUAAGCCAUUUAGAUUAAUUGUUUUAAGUUUUAAGUCAAUAAUAUGAUAUAUUAUGC